GAUUCCUCGCUCGACUGAUUCCGCAAUCGCUGCGUUGAAGUAACCCUAACUCGUUCCAUUCCUUCUCUGCCUCAGCGAUCGCUACAUAUCUUCGCGAGAGGUUUUGAUAGGUCCUGUACUCUACAGCCAUCUCGGCGAUGGCUUUCGUCACCCUUGUUCUGGGUUUCCUUCUUGGAUCCCUGCUAGUUCUAGCAGCAGAGGGCUUGGCGUUGUACCUAGCCAUCGUUCGGCUUCGCCGGAAGGCUUUAGCAGGGCCCGAGCCGCAGCAGGAACCUGGUGGUCUCUACUCCGAGCAGUGGCUCGCCUCCGCGAGUAAUAAGCAGGGAAUAGUUUGGUUUUUGGAGCCUGAAAAUGUUCCAAAGGUUGGUUUAAAUGAAUCUCAAACUGGAGGACCUAAGGAGCUGAAAUUGAAGAAAAGUACUGUUCAAGUACAGCCUGUAAAGAAGUAUGCUAAAAUCAAAGACCAUUUGUUAAUCUUAUCUGAUCUGGAUGGUUCUCAAGCGACCAUUAAGCUCUUUGAUUGUACAAUAUUAGCUGUAUCUUCUUCAAAUUUAUCUUCGAAAAAAUGGGCCAAAAGGUAUCCCCUUAGGCUGGAAAGCAAGAGUUCAACAGUUUAUGAUGGAAGCAAAACAUAUUACUUGUAUUUUGAUACUGCUUGGGAGAAAGAAUCUUGGUGCAAAGCUCUUCGUCUAGCUUCCUCACGUGACAAUAAAUUGAUAAAUUGGUAUGCUCAAAUAAGCAAGGAGUUCAACUUCUAUCUGGCAUCAUUUAGUGCUGAAUUCCCUUCAUUUCUAAAACCUUCUGCCUUGCAUGGAGAGAUUGUAGAGAAAACUAUUAGGGUUGAUGGGUCAUCAACUUAUUCGAAGGCUCGCUUUUUUUUUAAAAAGCUAACCAAGAAAGCUUCAAAGAGUGGCGUUGAAAGUAGAGCAAAUCCAGUUUUAUCAUCUACACGUGAUACCAGAAAGACCGCUGAGAAGUUAGUCACACUGAAUGACGUGACAUUAUCUGAAGGAUCUGUAAAAAGCCCUUUAGAAGACAAAUAUUCUAGCAGCUCCUUUCAAGACGUGCAUUUAAGCAAUAAGGGUCCCAUCAUGUCUGAUGCAGCAUUUGAUGAUAAGCUUUUUGGUGAUGAUGGCACUUUGUGCUGGAAUUUGUUAUUGUCACGGCUGUUUUUUGAUGCAAAAAGAAGUGCUGAACUGAACAGUUUAGUGAAAUCCCGCAUCCAGAAAACAUUGUCUAAUAUGCGAACGCCUAGCUACAUUGGUGGAAUUACAUGUACAAGCAUAGAUCUUGGAAAUCUUCCACCUUAUAUUCAUAAAAUUAGGGUUCUUCCCAUGGAUUUGACGGAGGUUUGGGCAGUGGAGUUUGACAUCGAAUAUUUGGGUGGUUUACUCUUGGACAUUGAAACAAGGAUUGAAGUUUGUGAACCAGAGCUGCAGGAAGAGUUCAUCAAUGCUAGCUCAGAACCAAGUUAUAAUGAAGAGACAUCCAGUCUUCUUGAGGGCAUUGAAUACUACAGCAAUCAAUUAAAUUCGUCUGCCUGCUUAUCUGAUCAAUUAGAUGAAAAAGAUGAAGAGGGUGAAGUAGAUUGCUCGAAACAACCAAAGAUCUCAACUCCUGGGUUAGUUAACAAAUCAAAAUGGAAGACUAUUCUACAUACUAUUGCCGAACAAGUUUCACAGGUGCCCCUUUCCUUAGCCAUAAGAAUUGCAUGCCUCCGAGGAACACUGCGCUUGCAUAUACGACCACCACCUUCUGAUCAGUUAUGGUUUGGAUUCACAUCAAUGCCUGAUAUAGAUUGGCACUUAGAAUCUUCCAUUGGAGAACGAAAAAUCACAAGUACUCACAUUGCUUUGCUCAUGGGAAAUCGGUUUAAGGCUGCAGUUCGUGACAGUUUGGUACUUCCAAAUUGUGAAAGCAUAUGCAUUCCCUGGAUGUUGGCAGAAAAGGAUGAUUGGAUUCCUCAAAAGGUUGCUCCUUUCGUUCGGAUAAGCCAGGAAGCCAUGAAUAUGAGUAUGCCUAGAUCUGAUUCAAAUGAUCUAAAAACAAAGCCCAGUGGAACUAAAACUAGUUACUCUGAUGAUAAAAGUGAAAAAGUAAAGGAUGUAGUUUAUGUACAUAAGGCAUCUGAUGAAGAUGCUCUGAAGUCUGCCUCUUCCCACACUGAAACCGGCAAAUCGACAUCGGUUUCUUCGAGCGGCGCAUAUAAUGGCGAUACGCGAUCGGACACGAGCGCCAGCGAGGAAUUGUUGGCUCCAUUACUGAGAAUGGAUGGGGUACAGGAGGGCAGGGUGGAUUCUUCUAGGACAGCCUCACCUGGGUCGACAAUGGAGAACCCAUCAACCUUUCCUGAAGAGGAUGCAAAGCCAAAAAGGGUGGGCAGGCGAGCUAGAAUGAUGGAUCUAGGAAAGAAAGUUGGGGAAAAGAUAGAAGAAAAGAGACGGAAUCUUGAGGAAAAGAGCAGGCAUAUUGUUGAAAAAAUGCUGGAAAAUUCCAAAUCUUGAAAUGAUCUAUACUUUGCUUCUUUGCAAGGGUCAAGCAAUUGUUUCUCUGUACAGACUGUAUCAGGAUGAACUGUAACACUAGUUUCGUCAUUAUAAUCUUUUAGCCGUACUAAUAACGGGUCCAUUGUGGUACAUUAUUUCAGGUUUUGUAGAUGAGCCUAUGUUUAUUAACCAAAUGAAGUGAUAGGCUUCUUGAAGAGUCAAGAAGAUGAGAAGUUGGAGGA